UUCCCAUGGCAAGUGCUGUGGUUCAAUCAGCAGAACCUCUCUCUCUCUCUCUGUGAGGGAGUGAUUUUUUUUAUUAUUAUUUUCUUAAUCAGGAGCUUUGAAUGAAAGCCAGUCAGUGAGAGAGCUCCCCCCUAAGCAUUGGUUCCCUGCUGUCCAGAGUUAAGUGAUGCUGUGAGAAGAAGCUGAGUUAGAUUCAAGUAGGAUCAGUCUUAGAAAAUAACAGCAGAAAACAACCAAAAAAAGAAAGAUAGUAGCAAAUUCUCCAGCGUUGCUUGGGUUGGACAGUACCACACUUACUCAGAAGCAGAAUAAAAGGAUUUGGUGGAAUAUGUGUGGAAGGGAGAUGAACUACUGGAAAUCACCUGGCCGCACUGCCAACUAAAAAGACAUCAAAAGGUAAUCCAGGAAAACAACACUAUUGACUCCAAAGCCAUCUGGCUUGGAGGACAGACAGCAGUGGAGAACUAUGAUAAUACAAAAAGUCUUACUGCUACUGCUGCUCUGGAUGUGUCUGCCACAUUCCUGCUAUGCAGAAAUGCUAUUCAGAAGGACAACUGACCACCAACCGAAAGGCUUUGUGGCACGUGUAUCAGGGAGUGAUGGAAAAGCACCACCGCCAGAAACGGGGCUGGAUGUGGAACCAAUUCUUCUUGCUGGAGGAGUAUACAGGCUCUGAUUAUCAAUAUGUAGGCAAGCUUCACUCUGACCAGGACAAGGGAGAUGGGUCUCUCAAGUACAUUUUAUCAGGAGAUGGGGCUGGUACUCUUUUUAUUAUUGAUGAGAAAACAGGUGACAUUCAUGCCACUCGGAGGAUUGAUAGGGAGGAGAAAGCCUUUUACACUCUUCGUGCCCAGGCUAUUAACAGAAGAACUCUGAGGCCAGUGGAGCCUGAAUCAGAGUUUGUCAUAAAAAUCCAUGACAUUAAUGACAAUGAACCAACAUUUCCAGAAGAAAUAUAUACUGCUAGUGUUCCUGAAAUGUCAGUAGUUGGUACUUCUGUGGUGCAAGUCACAGCUACUGAUGCCGAUGACCCUUCAUAUGGAAACAGUGCCCGUGUCAUCUACAGCAUACUUCAGGGACAGCCAUAUUUCUCUGUGGAGCCAGAAACAGGCAUCAUCAGGACUGCUUUGCCAAACAUGAACAGAGAAAACAGGGAGCAGUACCAAGUAGUUAUCCAGGCAAAAGACAUGGGAGGCCAGAUGGGUGGAUUAUCAGGGACCACUACGGUGAACAUCACACUGACUGAUGUCAACGACAAUCCACCGCGAUUCCCCCAGAACACCAUCCACCUCCGCAUUCCAGAAUCUUCCCCAGUUGGCACUGCCAUUGGCAGUGUAAAAGCCACUGAUGCUGACACUGGGAAAAAUGCAGAAAUGGAAUACAGAAUAGUUGAUGGCGAUGGAACAGAUAUGUUUGACAUUGUGACACAGAAGGACACACAGGAAGGCAUCAUAACUGUGCGCAAGCCACUGGACUAUGAGACCAGAAGGCUUUAUACACUGAAAGUAGAGGCUGAGAAUACCCAUGUGGAUCCACGAUUUUAUUAUCUUGGGCCUUUUAAAGAUACUACAAUUGUAAAAAUCUCUGUGGAAGAUGUGGAUGAACCUCCUGUCUUCAGCAGAUCCUCUUACCUUUUUGAGGUGCAUGAAGAUAUCGAGGUGGGGACAAUCAUAGGAACUGUGAUGGCACGGGAUCCUGAUUCUGCUUCAAGCCCUAUCAGAUUUUCUUUGGAUCGUCAUACUGAUCUUGACAGAAUAUUUAAUAUACACUCUGGAAAUGGAUCCAUCUACACUUCCAAACCACUUGACCGCGAGAUAUCACAGUGGCACAAUCUUAGUGUUAUAGCAGCCGAGAUCAACAAUCCCAAAGAUACCACUCGUGUUUCUGUUUAUGUUCGAAUUUUGGAUGUUAAUGACAAUGCCCCGCAGUUUGCCGUAUUCUAUGAUACUUUUGUAUGUGAAAAUGCAAGAGCUGGACAGCUAAUACAGACCAUAAGUGCAGUAGACAAAGACGACCCCCUUGGAGGACAAAAAUUUUUCUUCAGUUUAGCUGCUGUUAACCCAAACUUUACUGUUCAAGAUAAUGAAGAUAACACUGCCAGAAUUUUGACAAGAAGAAAUGGCUUCAGUAGACAUGAAAUAAGCACCUAUUUCCUGCCAGUGGUGAUAUCGGACAAUGACUACCCAAUCCAGAGUAGCACUGGCACUCUGACAAUUCGAGUGUGCACCUGCGACAACCGUGGUAACAUGCAGUCCUGUAAUGCUGAGGCCUUGCUCCUUCCUGCUGGCCUCAGCACUGGUGCUCUAAUUGCUAUUCUUCUCUGCAUCAUUAUACUUCUAGUUAUAGUGGUGCUAUUUGCUGCUCUGAAGAGGCAGCGAAAGAAAGAGCCUCUGAUCCUGUCUAAAGAGGACAUCAGAGACAACAUUGUGAGUUAUAAUGAUGAAGGAGGUGGAGAGGAAGACACUCAAGCCUUUGAUAUUGGCACACUGAGAAAUCCUGCAGCUAUUGAAGAUAAGAAGCUUCGACGAGAUAUUAUUCCUGAAACAUUAUUUAUACCACGGAGGACUCCUUCAGCACCAAAUAAUACAGAUGUCCGAGAUUUCAUUAACCAAAGGCUAAAGGAGCAUGAUAUUGAUCCCUCUGCACCACCAUAUGAUUCACUUGCAACCUACGCCUACGAAGGAAAUGAUUCUAUAGCUGAAUCCUUGAGUUCCUUAGAGUCAGGUACUACUGAAGGAGACCAAAACUACGAUUACCUCAGAGAAUGGGGCCCUCGGUUUAAUAAGCUAGCUGAAAUGUAUGGUGGAGGAGAAAGUGACAAAGACACUUCUUAACCUCCAAUAGGGUCCAUUUGAGAGGAAGUAAUUUUACAGACACCUUCUCCACUCAACAAUAUUUAACAUUCAGGAAAAUUUUCCUGCCACUCAGCACAAUGGUUUUCUUUCUAAUUUGUUCAUUGUCAUUCAUUCUUUCUAGUAGGAUGUCACAGAAUAUAUACAGCAUUUUAUUUAAUCACCUUCCAAGAGCCAAGCUAUGGAAAUUCAGUGUUGUCCAUUUUAGUAAGUAAAAGUACUUUCAGAAGCUUGAACAGGGUGAUAUUCCCUUAAGCAACCUCAUGUACAAGCCGCUUUUGUUAGGUACAUGUCCUACCCUUGCAAGUGCAGCUUUUAAGAAGGCAAAGAAAAAAAAAGUAUGUCCAGUUCUGUACAUUAAAAUUUAAAAAAAAUGUACAUGUGGUGUUAAUACGUGUGAUAUGCAGCUGGUUUAAAAAAAGUUUGUGCAACUUCAUUUCAUCAAAUUCUAUCUGCCAAUGUUUUAUAUUUAUAUUUUUGUAUUUAUUUUUAAGAAAUAAACCAGUUUUUACAACUA